GAAUAGGCCGCUUCUGCUGGUAUUGUAUUAUUGGGGAUUUUGAGUUAGCAGUUGAAUCACCUAGUGCUUAAUGAUCGAAAUCGGUUUUCAUUGGAAAAAAAACAGUUGAUAGCAUAUUUUUCAACUCCUGAGGCAUGGCGGCUAUUGAUGUUUCAAAGUAUGCACAUAGUGCUGUGCACAAGGCCGUGGCAAUGAGAGAUUACGCCGGGCUCAGGAGGAUACUCGCCACUCUACCACGGGUUAGUAACCCGACUGAGAUUCAGAUAGAAGCAGCCUCAUUGGCUGAGGAAGAGAAGGCCGAUGCGAUCGCUGUCGUGAUUGAUAGGCGGGAUGUUCCUAACCGGGAUACACCUCUUCACUUGGCUAUUAAGCUUGGUGAUGAAACUGCAACCGAAAUGCUUAUGGUUGCUGGUGCUGAUUGGAGCUUGCAAAAUGAACAAGGAUGGAGUGCACUCCAAGAAGCAAUUUGUAAUAAGGAAGAAGCAAUUUCUAUGAUUAUUGUUCGGCAUUACCAGCAAUUGGCAUGGGCAAAAUGGUGUAGAAGGUUGCCUCUCUUGGUGGGAACUACGCGAAGGAUGAGAGAUUUUUACAUGGAAAUCACAUUCCAUUUUGAGAGUUCUGUGAUUCCUUUCAUUUCCAGAAUUGCUCCAUCAGACACAUAUAAAAUUUGGAAGAGAGGAGCAAAUUUGAGAGCUGAUAUGACUUUGGCUGGAUUUGAUGGGUUCCGAAUUCAGCGGUCAGAUCAAAGUAUUCUUUUCCUUGGUGACGGUUCUAAGGAUGGGAAGGUUCCUCCUGGUUCACUUUGUAUGAUUACGCAUAAGGAUAAAGAGGUGAUAAAUGCUUUGGACGGUGCUGGUUCUCAAGCAACUGAAGAAGAGGUUCGACAAGAAGUGCUUGCAAUGUCUCAGACUAAUAUAUUCAGGCCCGGGAUAGAUGUAACACAGGCGGUUCUUUUGCCACAAUUGACAUGGAGGCGACAAGAGAAAACAGAAAUGGUAGGUGCCUGGAAGGCUAAGGUGUAUGAUAUGCACAAUGUUGUUGUAAGCAUCAAAUCUAGGACGGUGCCUGGGGCCAUGACAGAUGAUGAAUUCCUUGCAGCUUCCAAUGGAAAUGAAGCAGAGAGCGAAGAGCUUGAUGAGAUAUUGACGGAAGAUGAAAGGAGGCAACUCGAACUUGCUUGUAAGUUGGAUUCUUCAGAAAUAUCCAAUGAGAAUGGUGAUGGCAUUAUUUGUAGAAAUCAGAGUAUUUUUUUUUAUACUAAAUAG